CGUACUAGGAGCGUGCAUUUAAAAACAAGCGCGUUGCAAGUAGAUCAGCGUGGGUUAUACCGAAUGUGAUUUUACAAAGCAGUUUUAUUACGGAUCGUAAAGACAAAUCCACCAAUGAAUGCCACAACACUAUACGUGGAAGCCUGCAAAUGUAUGCUGUAUUUCAACAGCGAAAACCCGAGCAAAUGGGACGAUUUAUUACAGCUUCUACCGAGAUUACGGCAGUCGUUGAGUUGUCGUGUUUGCCGGGGUUUGGUGGUGGAUCCCUUCGGAUCCCAGAGCUGUCUACAUUAUGUAUGCCGAGGCUGCUUAAGAAAGAAGCGAGCGCUAAACCCUGGCUGCAGGUGGUGUCUUAACCUGGAUAAGCUAGUAGAAGAUCGUCAAACGAAGAUCGUCUUAGCUUGUUAUCGCAAAUUAUGCGAGUUCCUAACGGAGUCGGCCGUUGUCAAGUGCGCAUCGACUUUAAACGGCGAGUACAAUACGACUUUGGCGCUACUGCACGAGGCUUUAGCGAACCCGGUAUCUAUAGAAGAACGUGUUGGGAACCAACGGCCACAGGUAAAAAGAAUACUUGACCAGUCUUCAUCAGCGGAAACUCCCGGCCAGACGGACAAAAAAAUGGCGCCGGCAUCACGUGAUCUACAGGCUAAACUUCCGGCGGAAGUAGCUCAAAUCCCGAAAAAAAAGAUUUAUGAAUUAAUCAGCGAAUUGGAUGGAAGGAUUGACCAGGGAAAAGAGGGGAAGUUCAAGAAAAAGAGAAAGCAUUUUAAAGGUGCUAUUUAUAAUUACAACAAGAAAAAGAAGUUGAAGAAGCUAGGUGAUUCAAAUCACUUGUCAGAUGUUAUGGCACAUGAAGGGAUUGUUGAGACAGUGCAAAUGAUCAAAAAUGGACAGGAGACCAAUGAUGAUAUUCAGAUUGUUGAGGAUUGUGAUGAUUCAAAUGUCUUCUUGGAGAUGGAAUCAAAGAAGGCACGCAAGCAGUGUCGCUGUGGUUUAUCCUCAGUUGGUUCACGACAGAAGUGCGUUGGUAAGCGAUGCCCAUGUUUUAUGCAAGAAGAGUCAUGUGUGGAUUGCCUUUGCUGUAAUUGUGCAAAUCCUUUCAAUAACAACAAUGUGAAGUUGACAGAAAACACCAAGCAACUUAUGGAAAUUUCUUAUACAGUUUCCUGAAGCCUUCUCAAGAACCACUCCAUAUGAUUCUUUUUUAUUUUGUGUUUAUGUAUGCUUAUAUCUCAGUCCACUUCUUGACUCAAAGAACAAAUCAACCGAAAAUUGAAGUGACUAGGAUGAAAGGCAUACAAAAGUGAACAAUUAAAUCAAGGAUACAAAGAGGAAUUUGGCCAAAAAGAGGAUAACAAUUGCCCGCUGAAUCCUGAAGUCUUCACAGGCAGUGGGGAGAGGGGGGAUAAAAGAUUACUCCUCAGUUUCUUUUUGCAGAUAACUAUACUGUUGCCCUUUUGUUGUUGGAGUUUACAUUAUGUAAAUAAAAUAUGUAUAAAUUGUAUACUGAUAUGUAAAAAAAACCUGUAUUAACUUAUUUUUAGAGUCAACAUGUAAACCUUAGAAUGCUAUGUAUCAUUUGCCUGUUCUAAAUAGAAUUCACAUUAAUUGA